AUGGUUGUCCACAACCCUAACAACUGGCAUUGGGUCGACAAAAACUGUCUUCCUUGGACAAAGGACUAUCUCAGUGAAAAGGUGGUGAACACCACUUUUGAAGACGAUGCAUACUUGCUUAAGGUCACUGAAGUGACCACGGUGUCGGGUGACUGUGAUGUCACCCAGAGGAAGGGCAAGGUUUUGUGUAUUUACGACAUGAAGCUCCGAUUUGCCGUCGAAGGUACCAAGAAGGACGAAGAAGAGAGCUCCUUCACUGGCUCUGUCGCUUUGGAUGAGUUCUUCCAUGACCAAGACGACGAUGAGUACGUUUUUGGCGUGGAAGGUGACAAUGCCUCCCAUAUCAAAAAGCACUUGGUACCUUUGAUCAAGGCCAAGCUCGUGAAGUUCCAGGCUGAUUUGAUCGACGCCCAUGAAAAGGACGUACAACACUCCACAGGUCAUUAG